AUGGCACGAGCUGCAACCAUACAUGACUCCAGCGGUGCUGAUGAAGAUAGUCGAGGUGGAGGUGAUCGUGAUCGUGGUCAGAGUGAAAGUAGUGGUGAAGCAUCUCAUCGUGGUGAUGUUAAUCAGAAUAAUGAUUUCUAUGUUCUUAUGCGUGAUAAAAUCGAAAAUGCUGUUAAUGAAGCAUUAGCAGCUUUUGAUUAUCAUCGAUUUAAUGGUAAAGAAUCACGUUUAAUUCACUGA